AUUUACUUGGACCUUUGGGAAUGAAGACACUGGACCCAGAUGAUUGGGCCUAUGAUGGUAAUUAUGACAAUGCAUAUGAUGGCCAUGAUGGUAAAAAGGCUAAAGGAUUCAAUUACCACCAAGGACCAGAGUGGCUUUGGUUGAUGGGUUACUUCCUUCGUGCUAAACUUCACUUCGCUAAAGAUAAGCCAGAUCUAUUGGACAAGACGGUACAGUUUAUCCAGCAGACUCUUUCUGCUCACCAGGUGGAAAUGGAGAAGUCACCAUGGCGUGGUUUGCCUGAAUUGACUAAUAAAGAUGGGGUUAAAUGUACAGAUAGUUGUCCAACCCAGGCUUGGUCAAUGGGAUGUAUAUUGGAUGUACUAUAUGACUUAGAUAAAGUAAUCACAGAGAAAACUUAAACUUAAUAGAAAUUAAAAUACGAUUUCACGAUAGUCUCAGAUACCAG